GUGAGGCAGCUCGCGGGGAAAUGGUCAGGGGGCAUUCUUGCUUCACACAACUGGAGGAGCUCUGCCUCUCCGGGCUUCCCAGCUGAAGGCAGACACCUCGCGCGGGCAGCAGCGAGGAUGGAGUGGCAGGUGUUCAGGAGGCUCUUCUGUCAUCUGUCUACCUUCCAACAGAUUUGGUUCUUGGCAGCAGUGAUGUUAUGCAGGGCACAAGUGGAGACCCAAGAUGUAAGAGAGCUGCUGAACGCACCUGCUUCUUUAAGAUGCUCUUUGCAAAAUCCCCAGGAAGUUUUGAUUGUGACAUGGCAAAAAAUCAAGGCUGUAAGCCCAGAAAACAUGAUCACCUUCAGCCACAACCAUGGGGUCGUAGUCCAGCCUGCCUAUAAGGACAAAAUAAACAUCACCCAGCUGGGACUCAUGAACUCAACCAUUACCUUCUGGAAUACCACCUUGGAGGAUGAGGGGUGUUACAAGUGCCUCUUCAAUACCUUUGGUUCUGGGAAGAUCUCGGGAAUAGCCUGCCUCACUCUCUUUGUACAGCCCACAGUGUUCCUUCACUAUAAAUUAUCGGAAGACCACCUCAAUAUCACUUGCUCUGCCAAUGCUCGCCCAGCCCCUAGGAUCUCCUGGAAGCUCUCUGGGUCAGGGAUUGAGAACAAUACUGAGAUUGUCUUACACCCCAAUGGGACAACGUCCGUCACCAGCGUCCUGCAGAUCAAAGACCCCAAGAGGCAGGUGGGGAAGGAGGUGAUCUGCCAGGUGCUGCACCUGGGGACUGUGACCUACUACAGGGAAACUGUGAACAAAGGCUUUUGGUUUUCAGUUCCACUGCUGUUAAGUAUUGUUUCCCUGGUAAUUCUUCUGGUCUUAAUUUCAAUCCUACUAUACUGGAAACGUCGUCGGAACCAAGACCGAGAGCCCUAGAGGAGUCAUACAGAACCCUGAAAGUUAUUCCCUGGUCUACUUGAAUCUGACUCAGGAGGCAAGCAGGAGAAAGAGGGUCAUCCUCCAAGGAACCUAAAAGAGCAAAAAAAGUUGGAGUCAAAGGCUUAAGAAUUUCAAGACUUUCUACUGCCAUCUAGGGUACCCAGUGCUUCUGUGAGUUCCAAGAGGAAGUCGUUUUACCUCUCAGGUCUGUUGUAGGACUUGAUUUUGUAAAAGAAUGCAGUGUUGUGCUGUCGAAAGGAUACUGGACUUAGAACCAGGAGCCACCGCUCAGAGGCUGACUUUAACUCCGACUGGUGGCAACUCUAUGUUAAUCACUAUUUCAAUGAGCUUCCACGUUUGCAUCCAGAAAAUUAAGGCGUUGGACCAAAUAAUUUGCCAUUCUGCUUUAAAAAUGGAUGUAAUUCCAGGGGGAAAAAAAGGAAUAAACAAAGAGAAUAGAAAUGAAAAAGAAAGAGAAGAAUAGAGGAAGGUAGGGACCAAAGAACUUUUUUGAGACUACCUUUUGCCUUUCUGUGGAUAGUCCAUCUCUUCUUCCCCUCUUCUUUGGUCCAUAAUCUAUGUCGUCAUCACUUGGUAUCUAGUCCAUUGCCUGCUUACUGUUUUGCUAAUAACUGUUCUUCCUAGAACCCUCAGUUUCACUGCUAUUCUUCAUGUACUUCUGUGAUGUUUACCACAAUGGAAGUAGAACUGAGUUUAUUGUGAAGUAACAUUGGCAAACUUAACUUUACUUAUCUGUUUUUAUAGCAGACUAAAUAUUGUCAGUCUUAGACAGCAGCUCACAUUUUUAAAAAAGCAUGCAUUUCUCAUCCAUUUGUCUCAUAAUAUGACCCAGCCCUAUUUUAGUCAUUCUAAAUUCAGCCUAGUAUAAUAAAGACACAUUAUGAAAACAGGCAUUUAGAAAGUUUCCCGAAUAGCAGUCAGCUAACUCAAAUGUUUUGUCUUUCCCAGCUUCUUUUCUCACGAGUUAAUGUCUCACAAUAGCAGAGGAAGCAUGUUUGGGUGUACAAAUCCUUUUGCUGUAAAUAUGUUGUUCUAACUAGUGGAACAAUUUUGAACUCUUAAAUAAUCAUAGGACCAAGUUGAUGACUUUUUCGGUAUCUUUUGCUUUCUUGUCUCUAUCCAGUGGCCUAGGAACUAAAACUUAAGUUAUCUUUACUGUUGAAUUGAAUAUUUAUAUAUUUAGUAAAGUUUUCAUGUUAUUUAAUUCUGCAUUAUUUCGUAUAUUUGUAUUAAUAUACUGAAUAAUUAAAAAUG